CGGGGCACGCAGCCGUAGCGUGUGUCCUCAGGGGGCGGCGACAGUCAUGGCGCAGCAGCAGCAGACAGGUGGUGGCGAUGCCGGCGGCGGCGCCAACAAGCCCAAGAUGACGAGGCCUGUCAGUGAAACAAGAAGGAUCCGCAAGCCCCUGAUGGAGCGGAAGCGUCGCGAGAGGAUCAACACGAGCCUCAACGACCUCGCAGCGCUGCUGACGGAGGCAAAGAUGGUGCGGCCUGAGGCUGCCGCCGCGAUUAGUGGCGGCAGCAGUAGUGGCGCAGGGCGCGCAGCCAAGCUGGAGAAGGCAGACAUUCUGGAACUGACCGUCAAACACAUCCUGCGCCUCAAGGGACGCCGUACGGCUCCCAGCGGCACCUCCGUCGAUGAGCCGAGCGGCACCAGUGCCACGCAGCCACGGGCGGCGGCUGCUUCGCAGGAUACCUCUCAGGGCAACCCGCAGGACGCACAGGUUCUGCAGACUAAGUCUUCUGCUUCCAUGUCUCACAAGGGCCAGCCUGAGUCACCAACCGAGAUCCUGACAGAAACUGAGGUGCCCUGCGCGGCCCCCAGCCCUGCAGAGGCGUCCUCCGGCCCAGCAGAGGAAGCAGACAGCGGCGACAGUUAUCGGCAGGGAUUCCUUCGGUGCAUUAGUGCCCUUAACAAAGUGCUGGACCGCGUGCCCGACACCGUCCUCCGACAGCGGCUGCUGCAGCACUUGCAUGAAUACCUGGCCGGCACGCAGGGCAGCACGUCUGACACCCCGCCUCAUGAGCGGCAGCAGCAGCAGCAGCAGGUUGUUAUCCCCAAGACGGAGCCGCCAGACCCCACCACGCCUGGCGACAUCCCAGCGCCGCGCCUCACACUGGUGCCUACCAGGUUGCCGGGGGGCGGUUUCGCCCUCCUGGUGCAGGGGCCUCUGCCCCCCGCCGCCGCCGGCCUCCUCUCACCCGCAGCCACAGCUGCUGCCAUCACUCAGGGCGAGGCUGGGGAGCCGCCCCCUGCCACCAUCACCACGUCGCCGCACCUUGGUAAACUGCCCCCCACAACCCCUGUGCCUUUUAGUGCCACAGUGUCUGUGCCUCCGUCCGCCACCAUGCCAAGUGCCACAAUGACUCCGUCCGCAUCCGUGUAUGUGCCUGAAGCAACGCCUCCGUCCAGCACUGUACUCGUCACGACAUUUUCCCCUUCACUGCCAUCAUGUACAACAAUAUCUGCCUGUGUCUCAGUGCCUUCGGUUACCACGGUGGUGGCGGCCGCCGCGGCGCCUGUCGCAUCCCUGCUGCCACCCUCCACCACAGUGCUCGCUCCGUCCAGCGCAUUGUCAGUACCACCAAACACCACAGUGCCUCUCUUAACAACUGUUGCUCUCACUCCCCCAGUGUCGUCUCUCCCCUCAACACCUGCCAUUAGUGCAGUUACCGUGCCCACCCUCACCCCCACCACCACCACAGUGCCCCUACCCACCACCACAGUGCCUCCAUCAACAACAGUGAUCUUGACCCCUACGUUAUCGUCCUUCCCCACAAUGCCUGGCAGCAGCGCAGUGGCCACCAGCCCGGUGCCUCCAGGCAGCACAACAGUGCCGGUGACCCCGCCCCCACCCAGGCCCUACGCGGUGCUACGCCCACAACCCUACGACCCUCCGUCACGACCCGCCACGCCCCGCCCCUCCACCCCCACUAGCACACAUUUGCUAUCCGUGACCAUGCCCACCGCGCCCACAACGUCUCACACCCCGCCCACGCUCACUAUUAUUCAUACCCCGCCCACAACCACCCACUCGACACACACGAGUCCCCACACCCCGCCCACGACCAUUAAUGCCCCACCCACCGCCAUAAAUGCCCAAACCAUGACUCUCCAAAUCCCGACCACGACCCAGCACGCUCCGCCCACGACCCUCACUACCUCGCAGGCCUCGCAGACGACCCUCAGUGUCACUCCAUCGACCCUUAAUCUCACGCCCACGAUUUUCAAUACCCCGCCCACGACCCCCCAGGCCCCGCCAACCAAGAGAGUGGGCAUCCCGCGUCCCGGUGAUCCUACAUUGAGGAGCUACGGUGUCCUGCUGUCCCCACCCCUCACUCCCAUCACCAGGGAACCCCCACCCCCACCCUACAUCACCACCGCCACCUCCACCAACACCAAUGCCUUCCUGUCACCACCACCACCACCACAACCACCACCACCAUACUACAUCACUCCAACCACUACCAACACCACCACCACUCAUGCUUUUCUGUCACCACCACCACCACCACCACCUUACUACCCACACCCUCAUCACCACUAUCCCUCUUCUACCCCCACACCACCACCACCACCACCACCACACCAUCACACCACCACGCAGUCACCACCACUCUACCCCCACCCUCACCGAUCAACCACUCCGCACCAAGAUAUCACCACCACACCAUCACCAAUUCCACAGGUGGAGGAGGGGCGGCAGCCGUAA